UUUCUUCUUCUUCCAUUAUCCAAAUAACUAACCAUAAAAAAUAUUUUCCUUACUUUUGCAACAUAUUGAAAUUAAUUUAAAAAAAAGAAGAAAAGUGAAAUGGCCGGCAACGGUAUUAAAUAUAUAGGCCGUAAAACUGACUUCAAAGGAAAAACUUUGUGGGAGAUUGUAGGAGAUCUCAAGGAUUAUGGUAUAGGCCGUUUGAUAAUACGUAAUAUGUUUCAACGGUAUCCGGAGCCAUGCUAUUUGCGCGUUUUAAAAGUCGAAACUGUCGAUGAUGAGAAAGUUCCCGGCAUGGCGCGAAAAGUUAAGGUAUCAGUACAGAAAACAUGGCGCGGCGUCACUCUACCCAAACCUAUUGAAAUCUAUAGCACUAGCUAUAAAGCUGAUUAUGAAUUAAUAGAUAAGGAAGACGAACAUAAAUACCUAAAUAAUACCAAAAAAGUGGAAGAACGUAUAUUAGAUAAUAAAAUGGAGUUUCCUCCAUUGUUAAGAGAAUUCAUUGAAGAAGAGACUGGUCAAAAAAAUCCUAUCAUGAAAGUACAUUUUAAACCUAUGGCAAAUAAAUUUGUUCGUUUGGCAAAAGACGGAGAGACGACACACAUUAAACUGACUCCCGGACUGGGUCAACCAUCGCCGGUAUCCCUUAAACUUUAUGAUGGUUGUUUGUAAUUGUUGUUGACACAUUCGUAGAAAA